CAUGAGUAGCUUUCAUAUAGUUUUUUAAUGUUUUAGUCCAAUGUUGGGCUCAUUCCAUUUGCUAAAGGGAUGGGUUGCUUGUUUUUCUGAGUUUUGUUGUUGUUUAGGGCAUGGAUUUAAGUUAUGUUUGUUUACUCUGCCAUAGAUUCCAUCUUAAAGGCAAAACUGCCAUCAGGAGGUUUAUUUGAAAUUAAAAUGCAAGUCACUGAUCCAAAUGUUUAUCUCAAUCUGUCUCUCCAUCUCGCUCUCUCAAUCACUUUCUCCUCCCACUCUCUCCUCUUCUCUCCUUUCUCACUCUCUCCUUCCUCUCUCUCUCCCUUCUCCCCUAGCUAUCAAGAUGAAGAUCAAAGAAGUGAAGAAAGAGAAUGGCGACCGUAAACUCAUCGCCGCUCAGAAGAAGAAGAAGGUGCUCAAGAUGGGUGUCCUGCGUAAAAAGGACUUGAAGAAGCUGACGCUGUACAUAAAGAAUGGAGCCAACUGCCCCUGUGCUCAGCUGGACAACCUUGGCAGUAACUUCCUUAUCAUGGGCCGGAAAGUGGACCAGCAGCUGCUGCUUAUGUCCAUCCACAAAUGGGAGAAGAAGAGUACAGAGUUGAAGUUCGCCAUCAAGUACAUGAAGAGUCAGCAGUGUCCCACCUAUCAUACAGUCUUCCAGUGACCUUACUGAUACAACUAUCACAACCCCAGUCUUCCCCAAAUGUCUCCCCCUCUCCCCUCUAUCCUUCCAGUCAGUUGUCUCCCCCCUCCCCACUAUCCCUCCAGUCAGUUAUCUCCUCCUCUCCCCUCUAUCCCUCCAGUCAGUUGUCUCCCCCCUCCCCACUAUCCCUCCAGUCAGUUAUCUCCUCCUCUCCCCUCUAUCCCUCCAGUCAGUUAUCUCCCCCUCUCCCCUCUAUCCCUCCAGUCAGUUGUCUCCCCCCUCCCCUCUAUCCCUCCAGUCAGUUAUCUCCCCCUCUCCCCUCUAUCCCUCCAGUCAGUUGUCUCCCCCUCCCCUCUAUCCCUCCAGUCAGUUAUCUCCCCCUCUCCCCUCUAUCCCUCCAGUCAGUUAUCUCCUCCUCUCCCCUCUAUCCCUCCAGUCAGUUGUCUCCCCCUCCCCUCUAUCCCUCCAGUCAGUUAUCUCCCCCUCUCCCCUCUAUCCCUCCAGUCAGAUGUCUCUCCUCUCCCCUCUAUCCUUCCAGUCAGUUAUCUCCCCCUCUCCCCUAUAUCCCUCUAGUCAGUUGUCUCCCCCUCCCCUCUAUCCCUGUAGUCAGUUGUCUCCCCCUCUCCCCUGUAUCCCUCCAGUCAGUUAUCUCCCCCUCUCCCCUCUAUCCCUCCAGUCAGUUAUCUCCCCCUCUCCCCUCUAUCCCUCCAGUCAGAUGUCUCCCCUCUAUCCCUCCAGUCAGAUGUCUCCCCCCUCCCCUCUAUCCCUCCAGUCAGUUGUCUCCCCCUCUCCCCUCUAUCCCUCCAGUCAGAUGUCUCCCCUCUAUCCCUCCAGUCAGAUGU